CUGCGCACUGGAGUGGGAGGCGGAGUGGAUGCUGAUCGCUCUCUAUCUGCUGCCCUGUGCCCUCCAUCCCUCGGCGAUCAGACAGACACGGACAGGGGGGAUAUCCGAGGAGGUUUUGGGCGAGGAUGGGGAGACAGAUCUGCCGCUGAUGAAGGAAGUCUGAUGUAGAUGCUGAACCAGAGGAGAGCCCAGGGAGCAGCAGCAGCAGUAGCAGCAGCACUGGGGCUGUAGAUGCCCUUUCCACGGCUCCAGCCCCAGUCCCCCCUCAGGCCUCUGUGGGAGAGCCAGGACAGAGAGGAGACAGCUCCUUCUCUGACUCUGACAGUCCUGUAGAGUCCAGCUCCUACGAGGAGGAGGAGGAGGAGGAGGAGGAGGAGGACGAGGACGAGGAGGACGAGGACGAGGAAGAGGAAGGGGAGGAAGACCCCAAUAUGUUCUCUUCAAAGUUCCUGAGCGGGGCCAACCCCCUCAAUGCUGUGUCCUCUGCUGUGAAUAAGUUUGGUUUAUUUGGAGAUGAUGGGGAGGGGGAUAAAAACCAGAAAGCUCCUCCCCAGCAGGGGGUGAAGCCACCUGGACAACAGCAGCCAGGAGCAGGCCCUGCCAAAGGCCCUCACCAGCAGCAGGGACCGCAAAAAUCAGGCCAUGGUCCCCCUAUGCAAAAUAGCCAGCCACCUCCUAAACAUGGAUCACCCCAGCUACAUGGGAAUGGACAGGCUGGCCCCCCAAACAAGCCUGGUGGGCAACAAGCUGUUCCAAAGGCAGGGACACAGCCUGAAGGCCAGCUUAAAGGAGAGCCACAAAAAAAUCAACCUCAAGGUCCACUGAAGCAAGGUUCACCUAAGCCUGGAGCUCAACAACAGAUUAUGUCUAAGAGUGGAGCACAAGUAGAAACUCCAAAGGCAUCAACUCGACAACAGGUUCCUCCGAAGACAGGGAUGCAACAACAAGGGCCUGCUAAGACUGGUGCACAGCAGCAAGAACCUUCAAAGACUGGGGGGCAAGGGUCCACAAAGGUUGGGCCACAAAAAACUGGCUCACAGCCAGGGUCACCUCAAGUAGGACAGCAACAGCAGGGGUCACCAAAAGUUGCACAGCAACAACAGGGUUCACCUAAAGUUGCGCAGCAACAACAGGGCUCAUCGAAGGUGGGACAACAGCAGCAAAGUCUCAGGACUUCAGCCCAGCUGCAGUCCUCUGACAAGCCUGGGCCUCAGCAACAAGGCCCUAAGGGACCUGGUACACCUGGCCUGUCCCGGACAGGGUCUUCAUCACCAGGAGCAACCAAAGCCGUAUCUCAGUCAAAAGCAGUACCUAAGUCCCUUUGCCCAGUGUGUAACACAACAGAACUUAAUAUGCAUACCAAGGAACCACCUAACCAUAGGACCUGUACACAGUGUAAGACAGAGGUGUGCAGCUUGUGUGGCUUCAGCCCUCCAGACUCUGAUGGUCGUGAGUGGCUCUGUCUUACCUGUCAGAUACAGAGAGCUCAAGGAACUUCUGAACCAUUGGGGCCCCCCAUGAAAAAGCCCACGCCCAGCAAAGCGUCUCCUGCUCAGAACCAGACGCCAUCUUCUGCUGCACCUGUCAAAAAAGAGAUGCCAGCACCAGGUUCACCUCAGAAAAUGCAGUCUGCAUUGGCCAAAGUGCCAGCCAAGAGUGAAGCUGCUAAAGGACCAGAAAGUCAAAAACAGGCCAGCCCGGCAUCUGUUCAGAAAAUGACACCUGAGACCCGGAGAGCAUCAGGGUCUCAAAAACCAGAUCAGGCUAGCCAAACUGGACGCAAGCAAAGCAGUGCCACCCCAGCUCCCCCGCAGGAGUCAGGAGGUUUAUUUGGUUUUGGUGGUGCUAAAACUGAAGCUGCAAAACCACAAGAAUCAGUGACUGGGAAGAUGUUUGGUUUUGGUUCCUCCAUUUUCAGUUCUGCAUCUACUCUGAUAACCUCAGCUGUUCAAGAUGAGCCCAAAACCACACCGCCAGUUUCUCCCAAAAUGCAGUCUGCAAGGAUUUCCAAAUCACCUUCUAUACAAAAGUCAGAGCAAGUCAAGAAACAAGAGCAACCCCAGCAGGCAAGUGCAUCUACAGCAGGACAGGCCAAAGUGGACAAAGCUCCAUCAGAGACUCCAAAGGCAGCAGCAGCAGUUUCCCAUAAUGCUCCUAAAGCAGGCCAAUCCACAUGUCCACUCUGUAAGGUUGCGCUCAACAUGGGCUUGAAGGAUCUUCCCAACUACAACACCUGCACUGAAUGCAAAAGCACUGUCUGCAACCAGUGUGGAUUUAACCCCCUGCCAAAUGUUAAAGAGGGAAAGGAGUGGCUUUGUCUAAACUGUCAGGUGAAACGAGCUAGUGGGGCAAUUGAACAUCAGAAAGACACAUCUUUGGUCAAUGCAUCAGUAAAAAAGACAACAACUCCUGCACAGCCAACACUACAAAAAACUUCUGCACCAGGCUCUCCUCAGAGGAAAGGGUCUACACCAGCAGCACAACCAGCCAAGGCUGAGGCUGCUAAAGUACCAGACAGUCGAAAACAGUCGAGUCCAGCUCAUGGUCAGAAAACACCUCAGGAGAACCGUAAAACUGGUCCUCAGAAACAACCAGACCAGACAAGCCAAACUGCACAAAAGCAGGGAAAUGCCACUACAGUGUCACAACAAGAUUCAGGGAGCUUCUUUGGUUUUGGUGGUUCUAAAAGUCAGAGCGAUGCUGCGAAGCCUGCAGAGUCAGUGACUGGGAAGAUGUUUGGUUUUGGUUCCUCCAUCUUCAGUUCUGCAUCCACGUUGGUAACAUCAGCUGUUCAAGAUCAGCCCAAAACUACACCACCGGUGUCUCCCAAACUGCCUACUGCAAAAGAUUCAAAACCCCCCGCUACCAAGAAACCAGAGGAGGAAAAGAAACCAGAACAACCCCAGCAGGCCAAGGUUCUUCCAUCAGCUCAGCCGGAAGCAGACAAACCUCCAUCAGAGCCACCAAAGCAGGCAUCAGCUUCCCCUGUCAUUUUCAAAGCAGACCAGUCUACCUGUCCUCUCUGUAAACUGGAACUCAAUGUGGGUUCUAGAGAUCCUCCCAACUAUAACACCUGUACAGAGUGCAAAAACACUGUCUGUAACCAGUGUGGAUUUAAUCCCAUGCCAAACGUUAAGGAGGUGAAGGAGUGGUUAUGUCUCAACUGCCAGAUGCAGAGAGCACUAGGAGCAUCUGAGCCCCCAGGAACUCCCAUGAUGAAACCACAGGCCUCACCAAAUAAAGUCAUUGCACCUGCCAAUGCCCUAAAGAAGGAAACUCCCCCAAUAGAUAAACCUCAAAAGAAAGACAUUCCAACACCUGCUGAAUCUAAAAUAAAGGAAACCUCUGCACCAGGAUCUCCUCAGAGGAAACCACCAACACCAGCACAGCAGCCAGCAAAGGCUGAAGUCUUGAAAGGACCAGAGAGUCAGAAACAGGUUAACCCAUCUCCUGGUCAGAAAACUCCACAGGAGGGGCGGAAGACAGGUCCUCAGAAACCUCCAGAACAGACAAGUCAAGUUGGACGUAAGCAGAGCAAUGCCACUGCAGCAACACAGCAGGAAUCAGGAGGCUUCUUUGGCUUUGGUGGUCCUAAAUCUCAACCUGAUGCUGCAAAGCCUGCAGAGUCAGUGAGUGGGAAGAUGUUUGGCUUUGGUUCUUCAAUCUUCAGUUCUGCAUCAACUCUAAUAAACUCAGCCGUCCAAGAUGAACCCAAACCACAAGUUUCUCCCAAGAUGCCCACUGCAAAGGAAACCAAAUCACCUGUUGCUCAGAAACAAGAGCAGGAGAAGAAGCCAGAGCAAGUCCAACAGCCCAAAGCUUCUCCACUGCUACAAACCAAAGUAGAAAAAGCUACAUCAGGGCCUCCAAAGGAUGUAGCUGCUUCCCCAGCUGUUCCCAAGGCAGGGCAAUCAACCUGUCCACUCUGUAAGGUGGAAAUCAAUUUUGGCUCUAAGGAACCUCCCAACUACAACAACUGCACUGAAUGCAAGAACACUGUCUGUAACCAAUGUGGAUUUAAUCCAAUGCCAAAUGUUUCAGAGGUAAAAGAAUGGUUAUGCCUGAAUUGUCAGAUGCAGAGGGCUCUUAGUUCGUCAGAACUCACUGGACAUCCUAUGAAACCUCACAGCGCAGCAAACAAAAUCUCUCCAUCUGCUGCAAAUCAAAAAACCACAGCUCCAAAUCAAGGGGAAACUGUUAAGACAGAAUUAUCUAAGUCUGAUGCACCUCUAAAGAAGGAGACUCCAUUGCCUGAUACAGUUCAAAAGAAGGGGAGUCUCACACCAGGUUCUCCUCAAAAGACACAGACCACAGCAGUAACACAUGCAGCAAUGGCAGCUAAAGGACCAGAAAGUGGCAAACAGGCUAGUCCAACUCCUGGUCAGAAAACUCCUCUGGAUAUCCCAGGGGCAUCAGGUUCUCAGAAACCAACUGACCUGGCAAGUCAGCCUGCACUAAAACAGAGUAAAGUGACCCCAGACACACAGCAGAAGUCAGGAAGCCUAUUUGGCUUGAGUGCUUCUAAACCAGCACCUGAUACUUCAAAAACAACAGAGUCCAUGACUGGGAAGAUGUUUGGCUUUGGUUCCUCCAUUUUCAGCUCAGCAUCCACUUUGAUAUCAUCCGCUGUUCAGGAAGAGUCACGUACUACACCUCCAGGCUCACGUAAGAUGUCUGCACCAGCACAAGUCUCUCCCAAGUUAUCUGCUGUUCCCAAGAUUUCUCCAAAAAGCACACCCACAGUUUCUCCCAAAAUGUCACCAGCAAGAGAGCCCAAAACUGUUGCUCAGAAGCCGGAGCAGGCGAAGAAACCAGAGAAAUCCCAGCAGAGCAAAGAGGAUAAAGCUCCAGCACAGCCACCAAAGGAAGCAACAGUUUCCCAAACACCUCCUAAUGCAGGCCAGGCCACCUGUCCACUGUGUAAGGUUGAGCUCAACAUCAGCUCCAAGAACCCUCCCAAUUACAACAACUGCACUGAGUGCAAGACCACUGUCUGUAACCAAUGUGGAUUUACCCCCAUGCCUAUAGGAGAGGUAAAAGAGUGGCUAUGUCUUAACUGUCAGAUGAAAAGAGCAGUUGGCGCAUCCGAGCCUUCAGAACCUCCCCCAAUGAAAUCCCAAGCAUCACCUGGUAAAGUUCCUUUACCUGCUGCAGCCCAGCUGAAAGAUUCCUCCAAAACUACACCUCAAAAGAACGACAAUCGAGGCCCUGCUGUACAAAAGAAGGAGACCUCAGAACCAGGCUCACCACAUAGAAAACAGUCCACACCAUCCGUGCAGUCAGACAAACCUGUAGCUGCGACUGCACCAUCGAAACAAGCCAGCCCAGCACCUGAUCCUAAAACACCACAGGAAAAACAGAAGAUGGGUCCAGAGAAGCAUCCAAAUCAGGCAAGCCAAGCUGGACGUAAGCAGAGUAAUGCCACUGCAGCAACACAGCAGGAGUCAGGAGGCUUCUUUGGCUUUGGUGGUCCUAAAUCUCAACCUGAUGCUGCAAAGCCUGCAGAGUCAGUGAGUGGGAAGAUGUUUGGCUUUGGUUCUUCCAUCUUCAGUUCUGCAUCCACUUUGAUAACUUCAGCUGUUCAGGACCAGCCUAAGACCACUCCACCAGUUUCUCCUAAGAUGUCUCCUGCAAAAGAGCUCAAAUCCCCUGCUGCCCAGAAGAAAGACGACCAGAAGAAACCAGAACAACCCCAGCAGACCAAGACACCCCCAACGGUACAGGCCACAGUGGACAAAGCCCCAUCAGAGCCUCCAAAGGCUGCAGCAGCUUCCCAAUCCGCUGUCAAACCAGGCCAGUCUACCUGUCCACUCUGUAAGGUUGAACUCAACGUCGGGUCCAAGGAUCUUCCAAACUACAAUACCUGUACUGAAUGCAAGAACACUGUCUGCAACCAGUGUGGGUUUAACCCCAUGCCAAAUGAAACAGCGGUGAAGGAGUGGUUGUGUCUAACCUGCCAGAUGCAGCGGGCUCUAGGAGUAACACAGCCCACGGGAACUGCUUCUGUCAUCUCUCAGACACUCGCGAAACCUGAAAAGAAAGACAACAUCAGCCCAGCUGAACGAGAAAAGAAAGAGUCAACAGAACCUCGUUCACCUCAGAGGAAACCGUCUGUAAUAGUACAGCCAGUGACAGCUGAGGGUGCUAACAGGAUAGAGGGCCAGAAACAGGCCAGCCCAAGUCCUUCUCAGACAUUGCCACAGCAGUCCCAGAAAACACCCGAUCUUAACAAAUCACCAGACCACACAAGGCAAGCUGGGCGUAAGCAGAGUAAUGCCACUGCAGCAACACAACAGGAGUCAGGAGGCUUCUUUGGCUUUGGUGGUCCUAAAACGCCAACGCCAAAACCUGCAGAGUCAGUGAGUGGGAAGAUGUUUGGCUUUGGUUCUUCCAUCUUCAGUUCUGCAUCCACUUUGAUAACCUCAGCUGUUCAGGACCAGCCCAAGACCACUCCACCAGUUUCUCCCAAGAUGUCCCCAGCAAAAGACAUCAAAUCCCCUGCUGCCCAGAAGAAAGACGAUCAGAAGAAGCCAGAACAACCUCAGCAGACCAAGACACCCCCAAUGGUACAGGCCAAAGUUGAAAAAGCCCCAUCAGAGCCUCCAAAGGCUGUAGCAGCUUCCCAAGCAGCUGUCAAACCAGGCCAGUCUACCUGUCCACUCUGUAAGGUUGAACUCAACAAGGACCUUCCAAACUACAAUACCUGUACUGAAUGCAAGAACACUGUCUGCAACGCGUGUGGAUUUAACCCGUUGCCAAAUGAGUCAGAAAUGAAGGAGUGGUUGUGUCUGACUUGCCAGACGCAAAGAGCUCUCGCAGCAGCCGAAUCAGUAGAGCCUCCAAUGAUGAAACCCCAGGCAUCACCUAGCAAAGUAUCCACACCUGCUGCUGCCCAAAAAGAGGCCACUGACAAUCAAAAGACUAUUUCCACACAAAAAGCAGAAGUGCCAGACAAGAAACAAAAGGACACUCCAACACCAGGUGCCCCACAAAAGAAAGAAGAGAAUAAAACCCCAUCUCAAACAGAUAUCACCCCAACGUUAACCACUGCCUCACCACUUGCAAAAGAGACACCAGGUGCUGUUCCAGCUCCAAGAAAAGAGGAGAAAACUUGUUCACCACCUACCAUGGAGGUUCCAACCUCCACUGCACCUCCCAUGAAAGGGACAACAGCUGUAGUCUCAGACGUCAAAAAACAACUGCCUGCUGAAGCCCCCGCUGUCAGCUCAGAUAUAACUUCCAUCGAGAAGAAGAAGAAGGAUAUCAUUCUACCAAGUUUCCCUAUAAUUAAAGAAGUAUUAGAAAAGAAAGAGGAGAAAGCUGAAAUAGUUCAGAAAUCAGCUGAUCAACUAGUCAAAUCCACCGAUGAAGUAAAGCCCCAAAAAACCCUGAACAAAGAAUCAAACCCUGUUGAAACAUCUCCUGCCAAAUCUGCUCCUCCAGCAGCACAGCCAGCACCUCAAGAAUCAGGACGGUUCUUCAGUUUUGGUAGUCCUAAAUCUCAGCGUGCUGCCUCGCAAACUACUGAGGCUGUGACUGGGAAGAUGAUGGGAUUUGGUUCAUCCCUUUUCAGCUCGGCAUCCACCUUGAUAACAUCUGCCGUUAAGGAGGAGUCCCGCACAACACCACCAAGUUCCCGAAAAAUGUCUGCCCCAGCGCAAGUCUCUGUCAAGAUGUCAGCAUCUCCAAAAUCUAGCCCCCCAGUUUCUCCGAGGAUGACUCCAGCAAAGGAAACCAAACCUCCUUCUGCCCAGACACUACGUCUAGAAAAGGCACCAGAACAUGAGCAGGCCAAGGCUCCACCAUCAGAACAGACCAAAGUGGACAAAGGACCAUCAGAGCCUCCAAAACCUGACGCCUCCCAAGCUUCUGCUAAAGUGGGCCAGUCUUGUCCACUCUGCAAGGCAGAACUUAACCUGGGCUCCAAGGAUCCACCCAACUACAACACCUGCACUGAAUGUAGAACCAAUGUCUGCAACAAAUGUGGAUUUAGUCCUAUGCAAAAUGUAACAGAGGUGAAGGAAUGGCUUUGUCUCAACUGCCAGAUGCAGAGAGCACUUGGUGCUUCUGAACCUCCAGGCCUUCCCAUGAUAAAACCCCAAGUUUCCCCAAACAAAGAUGUCCCUGCCACCACACAGAAGAAAGAACCCCCAAUGUCAGCUUCUCAGGAAGACAUCCCUAAACCAGCCACACCCAAAAAUGAGCUUGUAAAUGUUGCCUCAACCAAAGAGAUUGAAUCCCCAGCCCCUGAUGCCCCAACAAAGAAAAUUAUCCCUACAGCUGCUUCAUUGCCUGACAAGACUGUUACAUCCACUGCCACAAAGACUGAUGUUUCACCAGCUUCACAAAAGCCUUCUGGCGAGACACCCAAAGGACAACCUGAUAAAACCCAACAGCAGCCUGCAAAAGCUGUGGUUUCUACUGCUAAGUCAGAAGCGGGAAAGCCAUCCCCACAACAGCCUCCAAAAGCUGGGACCUCUCCAGCCACAUCUGCACCACCGCCAGCUCAGCCUGCAAAACAGGAGUCAGGGGGCUUCUUUGGGUUUGGUAGUCCUAAAACAAAGCCUGCUGCAGCAAAGCCUGCUGAGUCAGUGACAGGAAAGAUGUUUGGUUUUGGGUCAUCUUUCUUAAGCUCUGCAUCCACUUUGAUAACCUCAGCUGUCCAGGAUGAACCGAAACCUACACCACCAACUCCACGUAAGAUGUCCACUACAGCCCAUGUCUCUCCUAAAACUACACCGCCAGCCUCUCCUAAAACGGUACCUGCAAAGGACACUAAGCCACCUGCUAUCCAGAAAACCGAGGAGAAGAAACCAGAGAAACCACAGCAGGACAAGACUCCUACAACAGUACAGGUCAAAGUGGAUAAAGUUCCAUCAGUUAUCCCCAAGGCACCAGCAGACACCCAAGGUGCUCCAAAAGCAGAUCAAUCCACCUGUCCACUCUGCAAGGUUGAACUCAACAUGGGGUCCAAAGAUUCUCCCAACUACAAUACCUGUACAGAAUGCAAGAUGACAGUGUGCAACCAAUGUGGAUUUAAUCCAAUGCCAAAUGUCGCAGAGGUAAAGGAGUGGCUUUGUCUGAACUGCCAGAUGCAGAGAGCUCUAGGAGCAUCUGAGCCCACAGGACCUCCUGUAGUUAAACCACAGCCUUCCCCAAGCAAGGUUGAACAGAAGGAUAUGCCAAUAUUAGCCCCUAAGGAGAAAUCUACAGAACUUACAGCAGUCAAAAAAGAGGUCACUGAACCAACUCCACCCAAAAAAGAAACCCCUAAAGUUGAGGCCCCACAGCCAACUGCAGUCCAAGCAACAGACACAUCACGAAAAGGUUCUAUGCAAAAGACACAGGUCAUUUCAGGUACUGAAAAAGGACAGGCCCAAGGUGUAGCCGGUCAGCAGCAGCCUGUUGGAAAACCUCUACAAGGGAAGCUUUCUCAAAUUACAAAGCCAGAAGUGAAGGCCAGUCCAGCAAAACAAGAAGCUGUGAAACCACCAUUACAGCCCCCAAAAUCUCCAACUGCUCCAGCCAAAUCUGCACCACCACCAGCUCAGCCUGGUAAACAGGAGUCAGGUGGCUUCUUUGGCUUUGGUGGUCCUAAAACACAGCCUGCUGCAGCAAAGCCUGCAGAGUCAGUGACAGGAAAGAUGUUUGGUUUUGGGUCUUCUUUCUUAAGCUCUGCAUCGACUUUGAUAACCUCAGCUGUCCAGGAUGAACCUAAACCUACACCACCAACUCCACGUAAGAUGUCCACUACAGCCCAUGUCUCUCCUACAACUACACCUCCAGUAUCUCCCAAGCUGCCCCCAGCAAAGGAGACCAAACCACCUCCUGCACAGAAAUCAGAGCCACCUCAACAGGCCAAGCCUGCUGCAUCAGCACAGGCCAAAGUAGAGAAAGCUCUACCUGAGCCUUCAAAGUCCACAGAAGUGACCCAAGCUGCUCCUAAAGCAGAUCUGUCCACCUGUCCACUCUGUAAAGUUGAACUCAACAUGGGCUCCAAAGAUCCUCCCAACUACAACACCUGCACAGAAUGCAAGAACACUGUGUGCAAUCUUUGUGGAUUUAACCCCAUGCCUCAUACAGGAGAGAAGGAAUGGCUGUGUCUGAACUGCCAGACUCAAAGGGCUUUGUCGGGACAGCUGGGAGACUCAGAAAAAAUGCCGAAGCCUUCACCUGUGUCUGCCAAGCCAGAGACCCAGGCCACACCUACAACCAAAACAGCAGAGCCCAAAACUGCCCUUCCAAAGGCAGAGCCCACACCUGCGGCCCCAAAAACACAGCCCACACCUGCGGCCAUCAAGGCAGUACCAACAGAUACAACCCCAAAGGUGGAACCUACAUCUGUGAAGAUGGAAACCACACCUACAGCAGCUUCCACACAAAUCGAGCUCGAGACCGCACUUAUACCCACAACAGCAAAGAUUACACCUGUUACAGAGGAAAAAGAGCCUCAAGCAGCAUCCACAGCAGAACCCACUAUACCCACUAUGGCCCCUGUGCAAAAGACAGUAGCACCACCAAAGGCUGACAUGUUGAACACAGACGUUCUCAAAACUGUGACAGUGGAAACUAAAGAAGAGGCUGUGAAAAUGGAGCACAGUGUGGCAGAAGUUCUCACAGCUGAAGAGUCUAAACCUGACCUUCCAAAAGUCAAAGUUGAAUCCAGUGUAGCUGUAGCUUCAUCUGUCCCAGUGAAAGAGGCACCAGUUGAACCCACCGCCCCUAUUGCUGCAGAGGAUGCUCUGGCUGGAGUUGUUCCAGAGACUGAAACAAUGCCAGAGUUGUCUUCUGAAGAGACGAUUAUUAAAGAAGUGCAGCCCGAUGAUUACAUCGAACUUACAGAAGCAACAAAAUCUUUACAGCAAGAAGAGGUGCAACCAAAGACACAAGAAACACAGCUGGCAUUGGAGAUAGAACCAGUGAUAGAAGCAGACAGCAAAGUGGAAGUGGCUGAUAAGUUGGUUGAAAAGAUUAUUGAUGCCACCUCACCUCCAGAGACACAAACAGUAUCUACAGAGAGCAUAAUCAUAAAAGACCAAGAUGAGACCAGAAAAGAGCCAAUGAAAGAAAGAAAGGUUUCCUUACCUACUGGGCAGGUUUUCCCUGUGACAGCUACCGAGCCUAAAUCCAAAGGAGAGGAGCAUGAAGAAGAUCAACCUCAGAUUUUACCUAUAUCACGGGAAUUAAAGGCUGAGCAGGUGGUUAGUGAUACAAGGAAAAAUGAUAUAAAGACAGAACCAUCCAUGCCAGUAAAAGAGGAACUCAAAGCUGAGAGAAGGCGCCUAAGUUUCCAAGCAAUGAAUGACAGCAGUGAAAGUGAGCUCACACCUUCACCCUCGCCUAAAGUCCAGAGAAGGAAGCUGGAGGUGACAAAUAUUUCAUCCAGCAGUGAGGACAUCAAAACUGAAAGUGCUGGCUCCUCUGUUGAAGAUGAAGAGUUCAUCCGCAAACAGAUAAUGGGUAUGGGUGAUGAAGAAGAAAUGUCUCUUUCAGAAGAUGAGAAAGAAAGGAAUUUGGCCAAUGAGGAAGCUAUCAAGGAGGCUGAGCUUGAUAAUGCCUCAGUGACAGCAAAACCUCUAUCUAGAAAAGGUAGCACGGACAAUGAAGACAGCCCAGCCAGGAAAAAAGACCUCCCAAAAACUGGCACUGCAACUGCUCAAGAUGCUCCUGAAACAAUGCCCAGCACUACUUUCAGGAAAGCCAUUCCAGUCACAAGACAGAGACAAAGCACUGAUGAAGAAGUAGAGAGCAUUACAGAAUCCCUGUCAAAGGGAUCAUCUAGUGUUCAGGCAUCUAGCUUUACCCCAGGAUCUUCACCUACAUCAGCUUCAUCUCUGGAGGAGGACAGUGAUAGUAGUCCCAGUCACAGGAAAGUCAGUGGGGACAAACAGCAUCGCAAAGGUAAGCACAGGCAGCCAACCCAGCCUCUCCCAACUAUUGAAGACUCUUCUGAGGAUGAGAAGAGAAAGGAAGAAGACAAGCCUAGGAAAGACAAAGAUGAACUUAGAGCCCGUGGCCAACCACUGUCUCCAGCUGAAGAUGCUUCCUCCACAGAGGAUCUGAGACAGCUCACUGUAAUGGAUGAAACCAGUGGAACAUCUGGCUCUGAGUACUCUGCCAGUAUAGAAUCAGAACCAGAGGCUAGGCAAGCUGUACAGAGAGGAGACAAGCCUUCACCAACAGUGAUACCAUACACUCCUACUGAUCCAUUUAAAGAAAAAGAUACUGUGACAAAAUCACUGAAGAGUGCCGAAGAAGCAUAUGAGGAAAUAAUUCAGAAGACAAAAGCUAUUCCAGGGGAGAGUCCUCCUGAUGUUGAGCCGCUCUAUGGGGGAAUGGCAAUCGAGGACUAUCUUUAUGAAUCCUUAGUUGAGGAGCCUGAAAUUAAAAUGAGUGAACGUCAAGUGGAAGAACCCAAACAUGAUACUGGCUCUGAAUCUCUCAAGAAACUUAGGUCACCAGAGGAGGUUUAUGAGGAGAUGAUGCAAAAAAAGAGAGAACUGAUGAUGAUAGAGCAAGAGUUUCAGCAGGCUCAGACUGCCAUGGAAUCUUCCUCACCAGGGGCUUCAGUCACUGGGCCUCCAUCAGUUGCUGAGACCUGUGUGGUAACCAUGCCCACGGAGGAGACUUUCCUCACUGGGCAAAGUGAUAUGCCUCUUACAGAGACUGAAGCUUCCAGUGAAGUGCCAGUAAAGAAAAAGAAACGUCCAGCUCCACCACGCCCCUCUGAACCCCCUAAGCGACCGGAGGUGACUGUUGUUCCAAGUACUCCUAGUGGAUCUAUAGGUUUUGUUAGGCCUAUGGUUCCUCAAGAUCCUGCACUCAGAAAAGCAUUGUUCCCCAUACCAGACCUCAAAAUUACCCAGUGUUCAUCUGGGGAGGAAGAGGAUGACAGUCUUGCAGAUGAGUAUGGUGUUGGUAUUUCCUCUGACAUUACCCCAAGUGAUGACUCUGAGACUAAAGAAGAUCCAUCCAUAAGCCCACCUUUGUCGGAAACUACUGAAAUAGAGCCUAUAUGUGUGGUCUGUGAAAUUCCAGAGCCAAAACCUAUUCCAACUCCAAUAUCAGCCCCAGAACUCACUACUACACCUUCCCCUGUAUCACCUAUGUCACCUCCAACGUCACCGGCCACUCCAGAUUCCAGUUUGGCUUCUAAUGCUACAUCUUCAUUCUCAUUCCAGGCUCAAACCCCUCUGUCAUCAGAUUCAACUCCACUGUCUACACCCACACCUCCAACUAAAUUUGUAACCCAAUCACCUCCAGAGGUCUCACCACCAUCGCCUGCCACAAUUGCAGCAGUACCGUCAAGUGUGGGCUCAGUCUCUCGUCCCACUCCAACCACAGUUAUAGUUACAAUACCAGAUGUGGUUUCCGACCCAUCCAAAGCUCAAACAACUGCAGUAGUUCAGGUUAAGCCUUCUACAGUUGAAUCCCCAAGUCAAGCCCCAGUGGAGAUGUCUACUGCACCUGUUGUGGUCCAAAUGCCAGACUUGGUUUCAUCUCCAUCUCAGGUGCCUAUUGAGGCUCCAGCUGUUAUACAGGUCUCAGCACCAAGUGCAGCACCUGCUGUUGUCUCAGCUCAACCUACAACCCUAGUUACAGCAACACCUGUUGCAGUCUCCACUCCAGCUUCAGCUCAUGUUGUUUCUGCUUCUGUCACUCUGGCCUCAUGCCCUGGGCCAGUCAUAGUCCAGAUGCCAGACCUGGUUUCAACUACAUCUCCAAUCUCUGCACAAACCCCACCAUCGGUCUCAGCACUUGUAACAACUCCAGCUCAAGCCCAAGCCAAAGUGGUACAUUCAGUCGCUGUACAGCCAGCUGUCCCAUCAGUGACCCCAGUGGUAGUUCCAAUUCCAGCUCAAACAGCCCAGUUGCCUGCACCAGCUCCGGCAUCAACUACUAUAGUCAAAAAGAAGGUUCCACCCCCUCCUCCCCCUCGGUCUACUUCAGUGUCAUUACCUGAGCCGAACACUGAACUGCCACUUGAAAGAACUGUUCAGCAUGUCACCCCUACUAUGACCACUACCAAAGCUAUGGGAACCACAGUAUCUGGCCAGCCAAUGCAGUCUGUAGUUGUGGAUAUACAGCCAAGAAUGGAAGAUAUGCAACCAGAUAGCGUGGCUGUACCUCAUAUAGUGACCCCAACCAGACAAGGGCAUGUAGUCAUUAUAGUGCCGAGUGGGGAAAAUAUAUCAUUGCUUGGUACUCAAAUAGCCACACACAUUGCCUCCGAUAUACCCAGCCCAGAUAUAGCUUCACUGCCCACUAAGGUGUCAGCAGUGCCCGUAGCUUCAGCUCCACCACUUCAGCCUAAACCUAUAACAGAGAUAAAAGCUGCAGAUACAGUAGAAAUACCUGUGGCAGAUACACCUCCACCACCUCCUCCUACAUUACCCAAGACAAUGUCACCAAUUCCCACUGCAGUAACAAUUGGCGCAGUAACAGUAGCACAAGUUUCUGUUACAACAACUGGCCCUUGUCAAACCACCAAGCCUCCGCCACCUAUACCACCUAAGCCUAUAUCAAUUCCAGCUGGACUGGUUUUCAGCCACAAGCCAGGAGAGACUGUCAAACCACCACCUCCUCCAGUGGCCCCUAAAGCUGCAACACUACCCAGGACUAAAGAACCUCCAAAUGCUCUGACACUUAGCCUGACACGACCUGUGGAGUCAAAAUUAGGUGCAACAUCUCCUAAGUCACCUUUGUCUCCUAGACAUGCCAAAUGUUUGCAAACCUAUGUGGUGAUAACCCUUCCAUCUGAGCCUGGCUCACCAACAGAGGGCAUAACAGUCCAGGCACCUGUAAGACGAGGAUCCAUCCCAUCUACCAAAGUGUCAGGGCUACGGACCACACCUUCAGAGCAGAAAACACCUACUGAGGCAUUCUCAGCACAGGCUACAGUGAGGAGAGCCUCUGUCCCCACAGUAAGGCAUCCACCUCCAAUACCUGUACCUCCAACUGUGGCAGCAGAACAGGUCACACCCUCUGAGGUAAUAGCUCCCAAAGUGCAAACCAGGAGAGACUCUGUGCCUUCUGUAGUGCAACCACCACCAUCUGUGGCUGAUGUCAUCACAGUAUCAUCAGGCCAGGACACAUCCAUUCAGGUACAUAGUGUACCGCUUCCAAUUAAGAAACCAUAUGUGCAACAACAACAAUCAAUUGUGCCACCACCACCACCACCUAAAACAAUAUCUGAGGUCAUCACAAUGCCCUCAGAGCCAAAGGUUCUUAUUCAACCACUAACAGUCCAAGCCACAGUAAAGACACAGUCUAUACCAUCUGCUGCUCAGCAUCCGUAUAUAGCAGCAGAUGUCAUAACAGCUCCACCAGAGGUUAUGACUGAACCACUAGCUCAUCAGGCCCCAAUACCAACUGUACAUGUGCAGCCACAGCCACUGACAGAAGUUGUUGUUGUACCACUGCAUCUACCACCAUUAGAUGCACUAGUUCUCCAAGAUAUACCCGCUGCAGUCUCCUCAACUAUUUUUUAUCCACAAGCUACAACUCAAAUAGAAAUGCUACAAAAAGAACAGGAUAUGCCUACUGAUGUCAUUGUCACUGAGGCAGUUAUAACAUCAUUGAUACCAGGAGUGAGUCAGCAAAUUCCUGUUCAAGAGCAAUUUGCAGAAGCUGAAGCAGUGACUCACUCUACAGAGCAAGAAUUGUCAACAGAUACUCACACCAUUGCUGAACUUCCAUCAGUAUUACAAAAUGUUCAGCCUUUUGAAGUUCUGCCUAUAGUGACACAGAGGCUAUCUACGCAGCAACCACAACUUAUAGCUGAAGUGGUAACUUUCCCUACAAAGUCUGAAUUACCUACUGAGGUUAUUACAACUGAUGCUGCUGUUAGAAUACCAACAACAGUAUCUCCAGUACCACAUCCUCUAACUAUAGCAACUGAAGUUACCCCAACACCUGAAGUAGUUAAGUUAAUGCUACUACCUACAGUUGAUAAGAUGACAACUCCUACAUUUUCUGAAGUAACAAGAACACCUCCUGUGAUGCAAGUCCAAAAAAUGGCAGUGCAGCCAGAAGUCCCUCCUGUUACUUAUAUACCACAGGUCUAUGGAGCAAUUACAUCUUCAAUCAGUUCACAUUCAACGAUUCCACUGGAAGUUAUAGCAUUGCAGCCUGAACGUGAGACACCCACAGAGAUUAUGACAAAGGAUGCUGAUGUAAGCAGAGCUACAAUACCAUCGUCAGUAAUGCAGCCUCAGGGAGUAACUGUGAUGCCAGUUGGGGUUAUUACAACUGAGGAAACCAGAAGUAGGAGAAGGACAUCUAUAUCAUCCGUAGUACAGCCAGCGUACACAACAAGUGAGAUAUUUACUUAUCCCAAAGAGUAUGAAAUGCCCACACAGGUUGUUACAACUGAGGCCUUUGCUGCCACCAGGAGAGAAUCCAUAACCAUGCAGCAAACAUUACCACUGGCACAGGUAGUAAGCAUGCCAGCUGAAAAAGACAUUCCUAUCGAUGGUUAUGGUGUUCAGGUCCCCUACAGGAGAGGAUCUAUUCCUUCAACAGAACAACAACCACAGGUGUUAAGUUAUUCAUCAGAAUAUGAUCAGCCUCUGGAGAUAAUAACCACGGAAGCAUACACCAGGAGAACCUCAGUGCCUGCUGCACAGGAUAUUCCACAGGGUGUGUCUGUGGCUCCAGUCACCAUCACUAAAAUUCAGCAAGAGUCUAUUGAGAGCCAAGAGAUUCGGGGACCAGAAAAGGUGGUCUCCAGUAUGAGUCACAUGUAUUCUUCUUCAAUUUCCACCUCAGGUCAACCCCCUGAAAGCCUGCCUAGUCUGGUCACUCAGGUGGUCACCACUGAGGUCCAGAGGACCACUGUUUCUGUUGUCCAUGAAAGACUUCCACAGGUUCCUCCACCCAGUGUAGCAAUCACUAUACAACCAGAUGUAGCUAAAGUACAACCUCUGCCAAAACAGAAUGGGAAGACAAUAUAUCCUGGUGAUGUUAUCGAUUUACGUACUAUGAAGGUUGGCGUAAGGAUGACUGAACAAGGCAUGGACCUAACACCACCUGAGUCAUGUCGACAGUCUUUUUCAAGUGACUCUAGUGGGCGUCAAAUCACAGCAGUGCAGCCUGAGAUAGUAAAUCUCAGUGCAGUGAUCACCCCUGCAACCACACUGUCUGUUGUCACUGACAGCAUCACAAUAGUCACAUGCACAGCCACCAUUGCUUCAUAUAAGAACACUCCAGCAGAGAAACCACUCGAUUUACAGGGCCCUGUUACAUCACUACCUCUGCCUCUCACCACAUGCAAACCAUUCGAACCACUAGCACAGAUUGUAUACAGACCUGUGAACUCUCAGCCCAUAGUCAGUGCUGUAGGAUCCACAGCUCAGGACAUACCCAUUAAUCUUUCCUUUGGAGCUCUCGUACCCUCAGGAGUCAAACAGCCAUCAGCAGCCAUCAGCAAUGGAGGUCCUGUCCUUUCUCUAGAAACCACAGGGGCCAUGGAUCUGUCAAACUACAGACCAAUGAGAGCAAUGGUAGCUUUAUCUGGCACAAGCCCAGGAGUGGUGACCACUGUUGUGGAAGAAGAUGGGACACCAGUCGACCUUACAGCUGGUAGGAGGAGUGUGUGCUGUGAUGUCAUUUACAAGCUACCAUUUACAGGAAGCUGCAGAACACAGCCUCCGGUUACAACCCAGCCUGACAACCGUUUUGGCUACAGAGAUGACCACUACCAAUAUGAUAAUGCUGGAAUUUAUGGUAUCAAAGGCAUGAAUGGUAUAAAAGCAUCAAUGUCUGAGACCAACCUGACGGAGGCAGGACUUUUCUCCUAUGAUCCCAAGAAUGAUUAUGACUAUCUCAGUGGAUCUUCAGAUGGCGCUAUAGACCUCACUGCUGCCAAACUUUCUGCUGGUAAAGCUCUAGACUACACUAGCAAAGCUACUGGAGUCUACCCUGGGAUGACUACUGCUCCAUACUCCCAGGUCCCUGCCGCUGGGUUUGGUGUAAAUAGUGUUCUAAGAACCUCAGAUGGAAUAGUUUACUCCUCUGUUUCUGCUCCAGUUCCAUCUACAUAUGCAAUUACAACUCAGCCAGGCUCCAUCUUUAGCACUACCUUAACACCUACAUCAACAGUCCAGAACCAGUCAUUGCCACAUCCAUAUGGCUUCAUUCCCACAACAGACCCAGGACAGAUAAUUCCUUAUGACACUGGGCUACCUAAGGAGCUUCUACCCACAGCUUUGGCUGACAUUAUAACAGGCUACCCAGACAUGUACUCAGACACCACCCUGGAAGCAAUUGCUGCCUCUUUGGAUGCCUUGGCUUCUUCCCCAAUAUUCCCUGGCUUAGACAACACCAAGAUGGCCCAGUAUCAGAUGGAGAGGGAGUUUUUAGAGCUAGAGAAGCUUAAGCAACUAUGUCUUGCUGAGGAGCUGGAGUGGGAGAGGCAGGAGAUCCAGCGUUACCGUGAACAGGAGCAGCUUAUGGUCCAAAGGGAGCUUGAGGAACUUCAGGCUCUGAAACAGCAGCUUCUCCUGCAGCAAGAGGAAGAGCACCAUGCCCACAUGGUGGCCCAGCAGGAAACCUAUGCCCAACAGAAAGAACAGCUGCAGCAAAUCCAACAACUCCAACUGCAACUCCAACGCCAGCUAGACGAGCACUAUGGUAGCACUGGUACCACAGGAAACCUCUUAGAUGCUAAAUAUGCAGGUGUCGGGGACAGCGGCCAGUACUGGCCUGUCAAAGAUGAGUCUACAACUCCAUCUACUGGGAUACAGUUAGAGGAAAGUCGGGACCAGCUUAGCUUAGUAAAGAAGCUUCAAUCUGAUCAGGACACAGGCAAAAAAAUAAUUGAUAGUGGAGUACAGACAGAUGAUGAAGAUUCAGCAGAGAAGCAGCAUGUAGGAAGGAGAAAGAAGAAUAAGAGAAAUGUUGAUAGCUCAGCUCAGACUGAUGAUGAGGACCAAGAUGAAUGGGAUGCUCCCACAAAAGCUCGACGACGCUCUCGAAAACAUAGCAGUGAUGGGAAACAUAGCUCCAAGGUCUCUAGCAUUGCUAUUCAGACAGUGGCAGAGAUAUCUGUCCAGACUGACCACUCUGGAACAAUCAAACGACCCAAUGUCCAGAUGGACACUAAGGUGGAAAUCAUCAAGCAUAUCUCAGCUCCAGAAAACUCUCAGAGAGGGGGCAGUCUUAGCUGUCAGACAGACUCAGAUAGAAGGCACACACCUAUUGAGGUGGGAUACAGCACACACCUAACAGCAGAUGCCCCCUCUAAGUCUAAAAGCUUCUAUACUGUAGUCUCCCCCCUGUCCCCGGAAAAGUCAUCUGGAGGUCAGAGAAUGUUGACUGCUGACCCAACCAGAUUUUCUUCUGGCCCUCGGAUAUUAAAGGCUGGCCAUAAGUCUCUGUCUGAUCCUAAAUCCCUUAGUCCUACCACAGAAGACAGGAUGGGUGGAUACAACGCAGACAGCUAUUCUGGCCGCGGCUCUCCCUCUGGCACAGGUAAGAAGGUAAAACGGACACUACCAGACCCCCCUCCUGAGGAUGACUCUCUGACAGGACGAUCAGGCUACAGCACCAAUUCUGCUCGUCGCCGUCUUGCCCGUAGUACAACAAUGGCUCGGGCAAAGAUCCUGCAGGACAUUGAUAAGGAGCUUGAUCUGGUGGAGAGAGAAUCCUCUAAACUUCGCAAGAAACAGGCUGAACUAGAUGAAGAGGAAAAAGAGAUUGACGCCAAGCUACGGUACCUGGAGAUGGGUAUCAACCGGCGUAAGGAGGCCCUGCUGAAGGAGAGAGAGAAGAGAGAGAGGGCCUAUCUACAGGGGGUGGCAGAGGAAAGAGAUUACAUGUCAGACAGCGAGGUUAGCAACAUCAGAGAGGCUAGGGGUGAUGGCCUGGAAAGACCACGGACGGCUCCACAAUCAGAGUUUGACCAAUUCAUCCCCCCACAGACAGAAGCUGAUUCCCAGUACAACACACUAACUAGUCCCUACUCUCACUAUGCCCAGUAUGUUCCCCAGACCCAAACCACCAGCCACUAUACCCAACAGAACCUAUAUCAGCAGCAGUCCCUUUACCACCAACAGGUGUCUCCUUACCCAACUCUGUCCCUCUCCCAUGCUCAGGCUCAGUCUAACAGCUACCAACAUGCUCUGCUCUUGCAGCAGGGAAAGCAGCGACAAACCACCCUGUCUGAUUUAGAGCCUAAGAUCACCACCAACUAUGAAGUGAUACGUAACCAGCCUCUGCUUAUUGUACCAGCCUCCACUGAAAGUGGCUAUGGAGUGGCUCACCUGGGGGGCAAAUAUGGCAACUUGGACUUGAGACUAGGACUAGAGGAGAGGAGCAUGGCUUCAAGCCCCAUGUCUAGUAUUUCUGCUGAUUCCUUCUAUGCCGACAUUGACCACCACAAUGCCAGGAACUACGUGUUGAUAGAGGACAUAGGGGAGCUCACCAAGGCUUCAACGGGGCUGGGCAACACUGGCUUGGGUUCUGGAUUCAACCUUCCUGAUAAGGAGCUGUCCAAGGCAGACAGACUACUCAGGGCAGCAGAAGUUAGGCGCACAGCAGAGGUGGCAGAUUUUUUAGGUUCAUCUCGGCUUCAGGGUUAUGGUAAAGGAGAAGACGACACUAUGGAGGAGCCUUAUGAGCUGAAACUAUUGAAGCAGCAAAUCAAGCAGGAGUUUAGGCGUGGAACUGAGGGGCUAGAACACUUAACAGGUCUGGGCCUACCCCAGUAUCUCCCCAGUGACAGCAGUUUUCGCCACUUUCCUAAAGGAGAGAAAUAUAGCAUUGGCAGGCUCACCCUUGAAAAACAGGCUGCGAAGCAACUCCCAGCAGCUGUGUUGUACCAGAAACAAAUGAAAAACAAAAAGGCCCUAAUAGACCCGAAGGCCGUCACUAAAUUUUCUCCAAUUCAGGAAAGUAGGGACCUGGAGCCUGACUUUGGCAGCUACAUGGGAUCUGGGGCCUCCUCUGUGACCAAUCUGGCUGCUAGAGCUAGGUUGCUACAGGAUGAGAUUACAUUUGGGCUAAGAAAGAACUUGUCAGAGCAGCAAAAAUAUUUAGGUUCCUCACUGGGGGCCAACCUAGCUGGUUCUCUUAAUCUUGGACAGUCCCUUGGACUGGGAUCCACUAUCAGGGCCACUGGCCAGGAUGAUGGCACCUACCCAAGUGGUACUCGUUCCCGACCUUCAUCACGACCCUCCUCCCGCCCCUCUUCUGUCUAUGGCUUGGAUCUAUCCAUCAAACGGGACCUAUCCAGCUCUUCACUCAGACUUAAAACAGAGGGAGAGGUCCUGGAUGCAGCAUUUGCCCCUGGGGUGGCCAGAGCAAAGCCCACUAGUUUACCUAUAAGCCAAAGCCGGGGCCGUAUCCCCAUUGUGGCUCAGAACUCUGAGGAAGAGAGCCCUCUGAGCCCAGUGGGGCAGCCUAUGGGCAUGGCUCGAGCCUCAGCUGGACCUCUCCCUCCCAUUUCUGCUGACUCCAGGGACCAGUUUGGGUCUAGCCAUUCCCUGCCAGAGGUGCAGCAACAUAUGAGGGAGGAAUCUCGGACACGUGGCUAUGAUCGAGACAUUGCGUUCAUCAUGGAUGACUUGCAAGGUGCCAUGUCUGACAGCGAAGCACUAAGUGAGUCCAUGCUGGCUCUGAACAGAGAUGAUGCCAGAAUCUUUCAUGAAAGUAUCAGACACGCUGGAGGCCCAAACUGGAAUAUAGAAGCGUACCACCUGAGGAGAGAGGAGACAGAUUGGUUUGAUAAGCCAAGAGAAGGGCAUCCGCAGGGUGGAAACAUUUCAGACCGGAGACAGAUGAAACUGGUCCCUUAUGCCUUCCCUCACACUCGCAUCAGGCUUAAGAGAGACCUGAAGGACACCAGUGUGUCAGGGAAUGGACUUGGGAUCCGUGUAGUAGGUGGGAAGGACAUUCCAGGGAGCAGAGGAGAGAUUGGAGCCUACAUUGCCAAGGUCAUCCCUGGUGGUGUGGCAGAACAAACAGGAAAAGUUGUAGAAGGAAUGCAGGUGUUGGAGUGGAAUGGGGUCCCUCUGACAGGAAAGACUUAUGAAGAGGUGCAGUGCAUCAUGGGCCAGCCAUGUGCAGAGGCGGAGCUCUGCGUGAGACUUGACCUUAACAUGCUGUCUGACCCUGAGCACCCACAAGCCCUGGAGCACCAUGUCCAGCUUAAGGCUGGCGGGCAGCGUUCCCCUGGUGUGGAUCCUAAGCAGUUGGCUGCAGAGUUGCAGAAGGUGUCCCAGCAGCAGGCUCCUGGUGUGGCUGGGACAGGAAUCGGGCCUGGAGGUUUGGGGGUCCUCUCUGCACUAGAGCGUUCAGCCCUCCUCCACUCGGGGACUGGAUCGGCUGCCUCCAGCGGCGUGCCGAGCCCUGGUCAGCCUGCAUCCCCUGCCAUAAACAAAAAACAGCGACACAAGCCAACAGAGAUUAUGAAGAUGCCUCAUCCCAUCACUGGAGACAUUCAGCUCCAGAUCAACUAUGACAGGAACCUAGGAAACCUGAUCGUCCACGUCCUGCAGGCUAGAAACCUAGCCCCAAGGGACAACGACGGCUACUCUGACCCUUUUGUCAAGGUCUACCUCUUACCAGGGAGAGGCCAAGUCAUGGUUGUCCAGAAUGCAAGUGCUGAUAACAAGAGAAGGACCAAGUAUGCCCAGAAGACCAUGAACCCGGAAUGGAACCAGACUGUAAUCUACAAGAACAUUCAUUUGGAGCAGUUAAAGAAAAAGACGCUCGAGGUGACAGUGUGGGACUAUGACAGAUCCUCCUCCAAUGACUUUCUUGGAGAAGUGUUGAUUGACUUGUCAAACACUGCCCAGCUGGACAACACUCCUCGCUGGCUGCCUCUGAAGGAGCAGAGUGAGAGUAUUGAGCACAGCAGAACCCACCAUGCUACUCAAGGCCCACCAGGGUCUGGGUCAGGUCAGGGUCACGGUCAGGGACACGGCCAUAGCCUGGGCCAUAUGUCAGGGCCUGGGAUGGGGCCUGGGCAUGGUAUGGGACAGGGUCAAGUGCCAGGACAGGGAGAUGGGAGUCAUGAUUCACCUAAAAACUCUGUAAUCAAGAGCAGAAGUCAUGGAAUCUUCCCUGAUCCAGGCAAAGACAUGCAGAUGUUGCCUUUGGAAAAGUCACACAGCAGCCCAGGCAGCUCCAAGUCUUCCUCUGACGGCCAACUGCGCUCCCACGGCCCCUCCCGAAGCCAAAGCAAGAGCAGCGUCACUCAGGCUCACCUUGAGGAUGCUGGGAUAGCCAUUGCCGCCGCCGAGGCUGCCGUGCAACAGUCCCGCCUGCAACCAAGACCAGGACACCGGCUGGCUGAUGUCUCAGGUUCAGUGGUGCUGUCUGCCCCAAGUCUUGUAGGAGACGCCUACGGAGGUCUGGAUGGGGAAGAGGGGGCGGGCACUGGAGUGGACAGUGCCAUUUUCCAAGUGCCACGCAUUGGUAAGACUAUUCCCAACGGCACCGAAAAAAACCAACUAGGGACCCCAGAAAAUGAAGCUGGUAAAACACAAGUGAUGGGGGAGAUCAAGGUCGCUCUCAAGAAGGAGGUGAAGACAGAAGGGGACCAACUGGUCUUGGAGAUCCUUCAAUGCAGAAACAUCACGUACAAGUUCAAGAGCCCAGACCACCUACCAGAUCUGUAUGUGAAGUUGUAUGUGGUGAAUGUGGCCACUCAGAAGAGGAUCAUCAAGAAGAAGACCAGAGUUUGUCGACAUGACAGGGAGCCCUCUUUCAAUGAGACCUUCAGAUUCCCUCUCAACCCAACUGGACACGCCAUACAGCUUUUCUUGGUGUCUAAUGGAGGGAAGUUCAUGAAGAAGACCCUGAUAGGGGAAGCAUACAUUUGGCUGGACAAGGUGGACAUGAGGAAGAGAGUGGUCAGUUGGCACAAGCUGUUCGUCAGCUCGACACAGACCAACCCCUGAACACCGCGCCAAAAAAAGGAUUAGCGGGAGAUCAACGAAAGGUGAAGCCAGACUGUAUUAGUUCAGAGAUCCAACUUGACUAAAAUGGAUGAUGAAAAAAAAAAAUUUUCAAGAAGGGGAAAUAAAAAGAUCCAUUUAAUUUACUUCCUCAGUUUAUAAGUUAAAAGAAGGAGGGAAUUAUGUGCAAAUACCAUAAUAAAUGUAUCAGUCCAACACUGCCAGCACAUGUCCACCUCUUCCCAUGUUCAGUCUCUGUUGGUUGUGGACUUUACUUGUAGGAUGCAAAUGUGCAAAUGCCACAGCAGGCACUGAAACAGACUCAGCAGCCACAUGGCUUUGAGAGCAGUGAUGUCGUUCUUACCUUAGUUCCACUUCCAUGAGCCACAUGAGACAUUGUUGUUUUGGUGUCCAACUGAGCUAACAUAUCUAUCAAAGGGAAAGAUUGGGAUACAAAAAAAAAAAGAAGGUGAAUUUCACUUUGAUCACAAAACCAUCAACUGAAAUAGCAUUGUGUUUUUUUGUCAUGUGACAGUCAUCGUCGUAAUGCCUGAAUGACGGUAGUGAUGUGUGUGGACAUCAGAUGUCUUGAAAUAUUUAAAGAUGAAGGAAUGCAUAAUGUUUGUAUGAUAAUCAAUAAAGAAAAAUCAUAUAACAAAGCCUUUAUGUAGAACUGAGUCAAACAGCUGACCUUCGCCAUGGGAUGGAGAUAAAAUGUACAGCACUUCAGAUGUAGAUAUCACACAUGCAGAUUACAGAACAUAUCAGUCACAUUGUACAGUGUGAUGUUUAUGUAGUAUACAAAGAUUAUCAGAUAUAUCUAAAGACAAUAUGCUGUAUAAGAGUUGUUCUCUUGUCAUUAGAUUAUAUAUAGUAAGAUAUACACAUAAGAACUCUGUUAGACUGAGGCUGUGGCUGGCGCACUGACAAUCCAGUAGGCUACUUUAGUCUAUGGUGUAGACAGUCUUAAUAAUUGUUAUGUGAAUAUGGACCUAUGUGAGCUCAAGGAUCUUGUUGAAAAAUGGCUCCUUUGGUCCACUGAUCACACUGACGCACCACUAGAUAUUCAACAGGGCUGUGAAGGAUCAAAAUAAAGGUCAAGGUCAACAUCCAGUGACAUAUUGGUAUUUCACUGGCAUGCUAUUGUGUAGGGCAGAUUAGAAUUACAAUAAAAUGCAUCUCGUGCUCUGAGGCCCAAAGCACAUGCUGCGUGUUGAAUGUUAUAAACCCAACUGUAGAGGAUGACAAGAGUUUAUCACAUCCGUGUCACAUGUACAGCGUUUUACUUUAAGGCUGUUGUAGUUGCUGAGAGUAUGCUGAUUUCUCUUUCUGCGUAGCCCACCAUGUCAUUACACUGUUGGAAUGGACAUGUAAUUCACACAAAUUGUGUCAAAAAUCAUACGUAGAUCUGCAACUGUCAUCACUUCAGUAUGACAGCUCUGCUUUCUGUGUAUUAGUGAAGCCCCCUGGUCUGAGUUUCAACUAAAAAUAAAAUGAAGAAAAAAAACAAAAUGUUCUUUUGUCCAGUCACAUGUCAAGGUUCCUCUGUGUGUCUGGCUGUGCUGUAAAACUCAUUGUUUUGUGACAGUAACUCCCUUUUGCAACACCAGUGAACCAGCCUCUUUCACUGCCUGUGACCAAAACACUCACUCAGGCCCACUGGGGUUCAGUCAUAUUUAAGGUUUAGAAGAAUGCAUGGGACCGAAUCUCAGCACUAACGUGUGAGCAGGUGACCCAUGUAUACAUCAUGUUUUGCCACCAUAUCUACAGAAUGACAAAAAAAAACAAAAAAAAACAAAAAAAAAACAUGUACACUAUCAAGUGACCCUUUGUCGGUGUAUUUAGGCAUAUCACAGGGCCGAUGCAAUUUUUUUUAGAAAUAAAUAUAUAUCAGAGGAAACAACAAAUACACUUAGAACAAGAUGUCACUUGAAUCAAACAAAAAAAAGAGGAUAUAAAAAGGAAGGGAACAUGGCUGAUUUUUCAGAUAAUUAUUUUGCUGUGCCAACCCUAAUUUUUUUUUUUUUUUUUUAGACCCAUUGGUUCUUUUGAAGUACUUCUAUGCAACAUAGAUGUGUUUGAAUGCAUUUGUUUUUUGGAAUUAAAUGUUGUCUGUGAACAUAUGGUCUUAUAGAAAAUGACUUUAAUUUGUACAUCACUGAGAGAAAAUAUUAAAUAGAAAUUAAAUAUAUGAUUUUUUUACUGAUUUUAAUAUAUAUUGAUGUUAACAGCCGUUAACAUCUACAUGGAGCUUGUGCACUUUAUUAUUACUACAUUAUUUAUUUUCUUGUCUCAUUUUAAACUCUCAUGACAUGCAAGACUAUGUGUUUUGUGUUUCUGCACUGAAAUGAACUGACUCAUGGUGUAUGUGGUGGCAGAAAAUAUUGUGGUGUACAUUUUGUAUCUAUGUGGCAAAAGAAAAACAUGCAGACAUGUUGGGGUUCCUAAACACAAUGCACAAUCUGGGGAGAAAUCACCCUUACUACAUCAUGCUUAUAGUCCACUGAACAGUUGGUGUAAAAAAGACAUAUUCCCUCAAUGCUCAGUCAUGACUGUUUAGCCCCCCGUGUUUCAUUAGACUUCCUUCAAGCUAAUUACUGUUUGUUCAGAUCAGCUGUUGCCUGUAAUUGUGAAACCAUCCAUUUGUUGUUGUUCUGAGGGGUGUGAAUGUGACUCAAGUCCUUUGACAUGUGUACAUAAAGUGUUUAUUUUCUACAAAGAUUGAAUGUUUAUAUUGUCCGAAGUUUGAGCAUGUGAGUGUCGAAAAAAAUCACAAAAGACUUAAUAACUGUACAGCAAUGCGUGUCUAUAGUUGUAUAAGGGGAGUUGACUGUGUAAUCAAAACAUGUGCUGUCAACCAAUGACUAUCUGUGCAACCACGUCCUGUAAACGGCUGAAACAACACAAAGGGAAAAAAAAAAAAAAUCUAUUCAACUUCAAUAGUUGUCUGAGACUUUAUGUUUUGGAUGUUGCAUGUUUUGUUGAUGGUUUGUCAGUAUAUUUUGCUUACAGAUUAUGUUUAAAAAGAGACAGAGUAUGUAUAGAUUUAUCUGUAUGCUGACUGUAAAGAAAUAUGCUUGUAAAAUUGUCUUGUUUUUCACUCAGUGUAAAAACAAAGAAUCUAAUGUCAUGGUUUUGUGGUUGUACACAGGAUGUGUUGAGAUAUUAUGCAAAUUGUGCUGUAAAAAAAUCAGCUGUUUCCCCCCCGAGUCUAAAGAAUAAAUAUUAAGAAGAGCUAUAUUACA